AUGGAUAAUAGGGUAACUCUAGUACAGUCGAAACCUAGUACUGUACAAAACAACACAGGAGACAAUGUACACAAUUACAGAAAACAAAGAGUUUGGGGAGCAAUUGGUUACGGUAUAACUUCUAUAGUGUCUGGGGUGGUGGUCGACUGGUUAAGCAAAGGACAAGCUCAUAAAGACUUUAGACCCGGAUUCGUGAUAACAUUAAUAUGCGUAGCCUUCGACAUUUACGUUUCAGCUAAAAUCAAGGUUGAACAAGUUAAAAAAACAGAAACUUUUAGUGGCAAUAUGAAAAGAGUUUUAACUGAUUUUAGAGUAAUCGUAUUUUUAACUGCAACCAUUUCGUUCGGAUUCUUUUAUACCUUAAUUCUGUUUUUUCUUUUCUGGUACCUUGAAGACAUAACCAAUUUAUAUCAUCCUGAAUAUGAACCCUAUAUAAAAACUAUUCAAGGGCUUUCUCAGACUAUUCAAUGUUUUUUAGGUGAAAUACCGUUCUAUUUUGUUUCUAGUUAUAUAAUAAAAAAGGUGGGUCAUAUGAACGUGUUUUCAUUGACGUUUAUCGGUUAUGCAAUCAGAUUUAUUCUUUAUUCGAUUAUUGAAAAUCCGGUGGUUGCUUUGAGCGUUGAAAUACUUCAUGGAAUCACUUUCGCACUACCGUACUCUGCCGGAGUCGCGUAUGCCGCUAAACUGGCUCCAGUUGGUGCAGAAGGGACGAUGCAGGGAUUGGUUGGAAUGGCCAUGAAGGGCAUAGGUAUUUCGAUGGGAAAUUUUGUUGGAGGUUAUGUGAUUAAGAAUUUAGGAAUCAUAGAUGCUUUUAGAAUAUUCGGUAUAGGUUCGCUUAUGGUUUGUAUCGUUAUAUCAAUAACGAAUCUUAUUGUAAACCGGAUGUACAAAACCGAAAAUAAUGUUGUCCAGACUAGUUAAAAUCAUUCGAUAAGGACCUAUUGUUGUAUGGUCAUAAUUA